AUGAGGAUGAGCUCAGGGUCCGGGCCGUUUGUAAACAGCAUACUCAAAUACUACACCAAUACUCUGACUGUUAAAGACACGAGGAUGACUAAUGAAGGGAAGAGAUACAUGUGUCAGGUUGAAGUGGCAGUUGGAACGUGGUCAUCGUCCUUUAACACUGAGAAGUACAUAUUUGGACAAGAAGUCCCAUCUACUACCACCACAACUGCAAGUGAAAGCGAGGAUGUCACCAUUUUCCCGACAUGGACGGCGAUGGAUGUUAUCACUGCUUUCUGGUCUCCUAGUGGUGGAAUCAUUGCUACAAUACAAUCUAUCUCAGUCUAUAUCUGGCCAAACUUCAGAUCAAAAGUAAAGAUCAUCAGACUGAUCACUUCACAUAACGGGAAAACAGUUGAGUUGAUGAUCUUCAAUGCUACGAAGGGAGAUUCUGGACGUUAUUACUUCAGUGAUUUCAAGGGAGGAUCAUUUUAUGGUGGCCACAACCUUGUUAUUGCUGAUCGUAAGAGUCCACAGGUCUCAACUAGUAUUGUACCUUCCACUAUUGGUCAAACAAAACCUCAAACGGCGGCUACAGCUGCAAGUACUCAGGUAGAUGUCACAUCUAACACAGUGACUGUCACCAGCACACAAACCUCAGCUGCGACAACUACCGGGGUACCCCUUUCUACAGCUACAACCGCCAACACUGACAAAAGCGUUACUACGGUCGUCCUUUACAUCAUCGUCGGGUGUUGUGUCCUGUUUAUUGUCCUGACUGUAUUCAUCGUUGCAGCUAUUGUGUUGAUAAGGAUCAAACGACAAGAUUACUGGAACUUAAGGUCACGAGGAUCGUACAUCACACCAAUGCACAACAUGCCAGAAAAUAUCGAUAGUCAAGGCUAUGCUGAAAUCGACAAUGCUGAUUUACUUGAACGUGACGCAGGCAACCUUGCGCGACCUGUCGGUAAUAUCCAAUCUGAUGACAAUAUUCCACCUGGUGCAAGAAUCGGGCGAGAAAGGCAACAGUUAGAACAUAGCUGUAGGAAGGUAGAUGAGAAUGACGAAUAUGAAGAGGUGAAACCACUGGACACUAUCAACAGUGAAGAACUUCCAGAAUAGCAAGAAAAAAGAGCUCCAAUGCAGCAACCUGACCAGGACAGUGUGGAAGACAUUACGGGUGAAAUGAACAUAACAUUAUCUGAAGCCUCCUCUCAUUCAGAUCCCGUGCUUGCUGUUGCUGAUUGGUCGGUCCAUGGAAGAGACUCUGGAAGUAUGACAGCAGGGCGUAUCGAUGCGCUUGCAGAAACAAGCUUCAUGACUCAAGACACUGAUGAACCAUGGGAUGCACCCCUCGGUACUGUUGAUAUUGAGGAGUUAUCAGGUACUAUAGAAAUAUUUCCCGAAGUCGGAAGGAUGACAGCAAAGAAUGCAGGAGCACAUCAGCUCUCGAUGGAAGGAAGAGGGGAUAAUGCUGAAAGUGAAGCACGUGGUGUCACUAAUAUAACAACAGAUAAUUAUGACAGUCUGAUGCCGCACCGAUCUUGUGACACGUACACAGCACUGGGUCAUACAACGGAUAAAUAGUCCUCCAGCAUCUGUUUCAAGUGCUGCAUUAAACAUGGAAAA